CUCCCGCGCGUACGUGGAUCUAUUUUUCACCUGCAUGGAGAAAUUUUGAGAGGAAAAAAGGAGACAUCACCUAGUUCCGACCCAGCCAGUAUUUGGAAUGGAACUUAAUUUGUCCAAGAAUGUAAUCUCUUGCGGCGAUCAAGGUGGAAUGAAUUUGGAUCGAAUUGCCAAGCCAGUGAGACCGCGCGACAUGGCCUCUACAUUUCACUUGCCGAGAACGACCAGCACGCGGGAAGCGUUAGAGAAUUCGAGCUGCGAAUCAUCGGAUGCAGAGAUCGCAGAAAAGGAGCGGAACGUAGAGCACCGCAGUGAUGAUGGACAGGCGGACGACCCGAAGAAGAAAAAGCAGAGGCGGCAGCGGACGCACUUCACGAGCCAGCAGCUGCAGGAGCUCGAGGCCACCUUCCAGCGGAACCGCUACCCGGACAUGAGUACGCGGGAGGAGAUCGCAGUGUGGACAAAUCUCACGGAGGCACGAGUGCGAGUGUGGUUCAAAAAUCGCAGGGCUAAGUGGCGAAAGCGGGAGCGGAACCAGCAGAUGGACCUGUGUAAGAACAGCUACCUGCCGCAGUUCAGCGGCCUCAUGCAGCCGUAUGAUGACAUGUACCCGGCCUACACCUACAAUAACUGGACGAACAAAGGCCUGGCGCCAGCGCCGCUCGCCACCAAGAACUUCACCUUCUUCAACUCCAUGAGUCCGCUUACCUCCCAGUCCAUGUUCUCCGCCCCCAACUCCAUCUCGUCCAUGACUAUGGCCUCCAGUAUGGGACACUCGGGUGUGCCUGGCAUGUCCGCGGCUGGACUCAACAACAUCAGCAACCUUAACGGCAUCGGGGGCUCCUCCAUCAAUUCGGCCAUGACGUCAUCCACCUGUCCGUAUGGCCCGCAGGCCUCCCCGUACAGUGUCUACAGAGACACGUGCAACUCCAGUCUCGCAACCCUGAGACUUAAGUCCAAACAGCACCCAACGUUUGGAUACAGUGGACUGCAGAGUCCAGGGUCGAGCCUCAACGCGUGUCAAUAUAACAGCUGACAAAUUAAACGUCGCUAAAAAAAAAAUAACCUCGGAGACCAGCACCUGCGCAUUGGGCGAAAAGACAACUAAACUGGAUGCAGUCGUUUCUUUUCUUUCAGAUGGAUUAUGCGGGUUGUAUGUGUUUACCAAAUGAACUUGCACAGCAAUUUAAAUAUCCAUAAUUUGGAUUUCAAAGUGAAGACGUGUUACAUUGCAACUUUGUACAUACUAUAUUAAACAAAAGAACUUCUGAGCAUUUGUUGCUCAAGUUGAAGAUAAAAAAAAAUAUCGUAUUUAAAUCUUUUUUGUUGGAAACAAAUUGUCGAAUAGGAGAUUUACUUUUUUUUCGGAGUUGGAGCGACAGGUAGAUGAAGCCUGUGUAAAUUGCUCAUGUGUUGUCCUGACCUAAAAAGGGUACAACAGUUCGGCGUAAAUGGCAGUUGUUCCGUAGGCAAAUGGUAGGCCUAUGGUUCACAAUAUUUUUACCUGCUUGGUCUUCUGGAUUUUUUCUGUGUCGGUGAUGUUAUUGUUCACGAUGCUGUUGUACUUGUCAUUGCAGUUGUUGUUUAUUUGCUUCCGUAGAUAAAUUGCAUGCUUAUCUUGAGUGCAGUCUUUUGUAAAUUGACAUUAUAAUAUGUGUAAAACCAGAACCAAGCACGUCCUUUAUACUGUAACUAAAGGUGAUUGAAACAUACUCAAGUGUUUAUGGUAAUAUGUUUGAAUAAAGUACGACAGAAGGCGUUCA